AGUGUCAGUCUGUAAUGUAAUGAAAACAUGGACUGGACUAACAGUAAUGUUCACUACAUUAGAGUAAAACAUGGAAUGGCAUUCUAAGCGACAGUUUGUAGUAGAAUGAAAACAUGGACUGGAUUAACAGUAAUGAUCACUUCAUUAGAGGUCGUUCUUGCCAACCAUUGGCCCUGUCGUCUCAGCUGGAUACUACAGUGUCUGGAGGACGAGCAGCAGAGAGCAGAGAUCGAUGACGCCGUCGGGACGGCGACACUCGUCGACGAGUCCAAGACUUUGUGGGGGGUCUGCUAAAUGGCAUAUAUUAUUAUAAUUAAAUUCUAUAUUAUUAUUUUAUAUACUAUUAAUACAUUAUUAUAUAUAUUAUAAUAGGUGUUCAGCGACUCGAGGAUGGAGCUUCACAUGAUGAGGGAGGAGAUCGAAGACCUGCUGGAACAGGACGGAGAUCCAGAGAUGUUUGAGAUGUUCCUCAAGGUGCAUUUCCAGUUCAGGGUGAGAGACGCGGAGAGGUUGAAGCUGACCAUGGUUAACCUGGAUCAUUCUAUCAGGAGGCAGCUGGCCCGGAUCAGAGGGACCACCAGACUGAAGAAUUCUGGGUGGGGGAGGAACCUGGCUCCUCUCAACAUCAGGACUGUUAUCAACAUGACCUCUGAGGAUGUCUGCAAAGCGCUGGCAAGGAUGAACUAACCUAAGAAGUACGCAGACAUCGUCCGUAGCAAUGACCUCACCGGCCAGGCGCUGGUCUUCGGUGAUCCUGACGACCUUAAACAGCUGCUCCAGAUGACCUUCGGGGAGUGGGCAACCUUCAGACUCCACUUCCUGGGUAUCGGUGGGAGGCCCCAAGGUGGAGCCAAGGCCACGUCCCUAAACCUAAACCCCAAACAACUGACCAAUCAGCAGUCCAAACAACCCCAGUUCGGUCCCCAUAGCCACGGGUCAACAUUAAAUCUGUCUUUUUCUUGAUGCCGUGGCGAGAUAGAGACGGAUGAAAUCUGAUACAUAUACAGACAGAUGAUCUGUGAGAAUGGCCUGUGUAUUGAUGUGUAGUACCCAUGAGAACCUACUUACCUAUUGUGUAAUAACAGUGAACUGCAUUCCUCUACCAGCUCCUGUUGGAUCUAUAGAGCUUUCAGUUGCUCAAACCAGACACUAGGUGGCGCUGCCACUGGAUACAUGUCAAAGGGACUUUCUUACUGUCAACCAACAAAAUAAAAUGACACACAAAAAUGUAAAAAUAUAACAAAAAGGAUCUCUAGUUGAAUACUACUCAUAUUACAGAGUGGUAAAACUUCACCUACAGAGGAAAUAUGGUCUCAGAGGAGGCCUGGGUAAGGCUGAAAUGUCAUAAAUAUACAGACUUCUUUCAAUUAUUUUUCAAUUAUGCUUUUAGAUACAAAUGUCAAUAAUAUGUCAACAUUCCACCAGUGGAGACUGCUGAGGGGAGGACAGCUCAUAAUAAUGGCUGGAACGGAGCAAAUGGAACGGCAUCAAACAUCUGGAAACCAUGUGUUUGGUGUAUUUGAUACCAUUCCACUGAUUCCGCUCCAGUCAUUACCACGAACCUGUCCUCCCCAAUUAAGGUGCCGUCAACCUCCUGUGAAAUCCAUCCCCUAUUCAAUUUCAUUAAAAUCCCCAAAGUCAUGGACCUUCAUUUUUGUCCUGGUUUCAUUGGUAAGAAGAAGGCCCCUCUCCCCACAGGUGUGAUUACUACCGCUAAGGGUUUAGAGCUUGAGGUAGUCACCUCAUACAAGUACUUGGGAGUAU